AUGUGUCAGAAUUACUACAACACAACCCACGUGGUCCCACACAACAACACCGUUGAUGCUUACCCCGCAAUCAACGUUGGGAUCAAAGGACGACUCAGAUCAAAUUUUAAACCAAUUCCACCAACUGAUCAUCGCCACGUGCCAUUUGAUGCGUUGGAUUCCACUACCCCUCUUGGUUUAAAGUGGUAUCGUCUCUUCUUCAAGCACCUUAGUUUUUUGAUGGCUGGGUUUGAACAGCAAGUGAAGGACAGAGCCAAGGAGCUCAAGGUCUUGCUCAAGAAAGGAGUGAAGAUUGUGGGAGAUUCAUGCAAGAAGGGCUGGAACAAAGUCAAACAUAUCAAACGCUGA